AUGACAAGGCAAAAUUAGUUCUAUCCACGGGUCUGCAGCUAUACCUUCCCGUUGCAUUUCUCAUUUAAAUAGCAGGAUAGUAUCACUCCGUUGUUUCCAUCAAUCAGAAACUUAAACCAGCAUUGGUGAUUAACAUAAAAUUAUUCUCAGCCAGUCGGCCAGUGUUUGAGAAGGAGGCGGGAAGGGGAGUGAACAACUUUGACAGGAAUCGCGUUUUUGGCUGUCAGUGUUUUGAGUUAGUGCGUGUGUUUCGCAGUUACGUUUCCCACGUAUGCAACAUUUUAUCAAAAAUAUAAGAUUUGUCAGAAUGAUGCAACUUACUCUGCUGCUACUAAUUCUUGGAGUUGGCUCUGGAUUCGUAGAAGUAGUGGAAACAAAACUUGAAGCUUGCUUCUAUGAGUUUCUAGAUGCGCCUGACAACAAGCUUUGCAGAGGAGGUCUGAAAGUGAUUUACCCAGAAAUUGGGGAUGUUAGCUGCUCAUUUAUUCCACGAUGCGUUGACUACCGAUUCAGGAUUUCACAGGAGUGGGAAGCCCCACAUGUUCAGUACCCACUGGCCGAUGAGAAUUGUAGUGUUAGGAAUGUUGUGACCACACAGCAGGGUAUUACUUGUGUUUCAGGAAAUACCGUAAAGAGCAGAAUAUUACUGUGUUGA